AUGACAGCGGUAUCGGCUUGCGUGAGAUAUGCCCUCGUGUCAGUCGCCAUCUACCUCUUCCUCAUCGUCGGCCUUAAUCUUCUGCGAAGCGUAGACAGAGCUGAGCUUACUCGACGCUUUACUCCCCAAAACAGAAUCCCCGGGGGUCCUGUUUACAAGGCUUCUCUGGCCGCAAGAAAGUCGCGGUGCGCCGAGCUGUUCUCCUCUGCCAACCGCCAACAUCACAACUCGACGAAACGCUUGUCCCCACUCCGGUCAACCAACUUCUUCCUCGCCCUCAAUGCAGAGAGGCAUGGUGAGGACUGUCGUCUCUUUAAGCAGGAAAUCUUUCCUAGUGGACCACCAGUGAGCACGGAAGAGAAGCAGUUCCCGCUUGCGUUCGCAUUGGCUGUGUUCAGGAGCAUCAGUCAAGUGGCUCGGCUUCUGCGUCUCAUCUACAGGCCGCACAAUUUCUACGUGAUCCACGUGGACAGAAAAUCACCAGUGGCCUUUUACGAGGCAGUCGUCGAGGUGCAGCGAUGUUUUGGCGAUAAUGUACGCGUAGUGCCUCGAAAUGCCAGCGUGCGCGUGGUCUGGGGAGACUACACGGUGCUCGAACUGGAACUCAUCGCCGCUGGCAUGUUGCUGGAGAUGGGUGCCUGGAAGUACUUGAUAAACUUGACGGGCCAGGAAUUACCACUGAAAACGAACUUGGAACUGGUUCUGGCUCUGAGCAGGCUGAAUGGUUCAAACAUUGUCAGUGGUUCGCUGAAACGGCGUAUCAUGUCUCGAAUUCCUAACCGGAAGAUGACCUUCCCAGUAAGGCUUCCCCGUCGUUUUUUAAUGCCUUUUUUGGUUUCUCAUUGAAAAAUUGGGCGAGGUUCGGUUUUGCAACCCCACUUGAGUGAUAGCAUGGGGUUGGAUUACUAAAACUGUAUUUGUGAACAUACCUAAUUUAGCCACUCGCUGGACUAGGAAGAGGAAGAGAGCGCAAGCAGAGCUCGAACCACGCGCUGGGAAGCGUAUAUACAUUCGCCCCGCGACACAGCCACUCGCUGGAUUUGUAGGAUAAGGAGGGCGUAAUCACAACUGGAAGACCAUGGAGGGGACCGCGUGGUAAUCCGCAGUGUACGGCCACUAUAGUGAAACCGAUGGAGUUCUAGUCCGUUCUAUUAGCAGGCCUACUUAGCCACUCGCGGAAUUGGUAUAAUAAAGAGGGCGCAAGUAGGGCUUGAAGCACGCUCAGGAAAGCGCGUAUAAACUGUUGUCUGAGGUAACCGAGGUGGGCGUAUAAGCACUCUUCCUCCUGGCAUAUCCAGUCGCUAUAUUAGAAUGAUAGGGAAGGUGCGAAAACGUAAUAUUUGUAAAAUCAGAUUACUCGCAUCUACAACAGGUGGGCUAACUCAUGAAAAGUCAACCGAAAUUCCGAAAUGCGUUUUCGUUUCGAAAAAACUAAUUGAGUAGGGUUGUAUAACUAAUCAGCAUGUACUGUAAUUCUAUAAUAAUUCAGUUACACCAGGAUGCCGGCUUCCGAACAAACUUCUAUACGGCUGCAUGCAACGACUGCACCAUGUAAAAAAUGAUUACACAUGUAGCAUGCAUUUUUCUGAUUGAUUUUUGACACCCUUAAAUUUCAAUUAUAUUUCAUAGAAAACGGGCAUAAAAAGGCGCAUUAUUUCGCUCAUUCGGUAGAAAAUUACAUCUUCGUCUUAUUUUAUACUUGAAGGAAAGGCAUAAUUCGGUCUUCAAAAAGACUUCCAAUUCCCGAAUCAUUUUUAACCCGACCUGCCGUUACACUUGCAUUCAGGGUUUCCAAACUACAAACCGUAUAUUUUCCGCGUACGGAAUACCAUACAUUUCUCAACAGUAUUAAGAGGAGACCAUAUGGGGUUCUUAAAAUUUAGCAGUGGAUUUUAUCCAUAUUGUUAACUUUACGAUCCACAUUGGGGUAAUAAUCGAGGGGUGGCACCCAAAAAAAUCCGUUACGUAGAAAUAAUAUCUCUAUCAGUGGACUCAAACGCCUUCAGGCUAUGUCAGCGGUUGCAGGCCUACUUUCACGCACUACUUGGACUUUCCGCGACCGCCUAACUUUGGCUGGCCGAACGAACAUCGCAUGAGGUUUCAUGGACGAUGGUCGCUAUUACCCAACCUUCCCCAUCGUUACACACAUACACCUGAAUAUACGGCAUACAUUCGCAUUAUGGCAGUUUAUUAUAAAGCAAAAUCACCUUUGAAUAGGAUAAGUCUGCACAACAUGGAAUAGGAACAGUUUCCAGGCAUCUGUCAAAGGCAUGGCAUUGAGGCCAAACCAAAGACGAUACUAUACUUCGUCUAUGUGGGCCCACACAGCUCGACCACAUACAGGGCCUCCCUCGUGGAGUUCCCUUUUCAGUCUACUCCAGUAUGCCUAAAUGGCAUUUGUGUGCCGUCCGGUGGUAGGGGCCUUGAAGUUCUUUGAGUGGUUAACAGAGAAAUGUAGAUAACCUUCUGAGAGAAGACGAUUAUACGCCUUCCACUCGUCCGUUACCACUAUACUGCCUUUGGCGACCCACUUUGUAAUAACGGGACGGAGAGCGGGCCAACUUCGAUCAUUCACCUGUUCAAAUAAGGCUUUCUGUCAGCUAGUAUCGUAUAUCCCCAUCAGCUAUCACCCAUAAAACCCCUAUUACCACCUGUCCCGUAAAACAGGCUGCUUUUGUUAGGCGGAUUUUUUUGGGUGCCAUCUCCCGAUUGUUACCCCACAUUGGUCAAUGCGGACACAUGACGUUUUAUAAACGGCCAUUUCACGGCAUAAACUUUUUCAAAACCGAUUUAUACCCUUCCUUCGAGUAUAAAAUUAGACGAUGAUGUAAUUUUCUCUUGAAUGUGCAAAAGAAUGAAUAUUUUUGAGCAUGCUUUGCAUGAAAUAUAUUUGAAUUUUUCAGGACAUUUAAAAUCAAUGAGAAAGAUGUAUGUCGCCUAAGUAGUCAUUUUUCACAUAUUUUAGAUUUUGCAUGCAGCCGUAAAGAAGUUUGUUUGGAAGCCUGCAUUCUGGGGUAACUAAAUUAUUAUAAAAUUACGCCGCAUUAUCAUUAGUUUUACAACCCUGCUUAAUUAGUCUUUUCGGAACGGAGACGCAUUUCUGAAUUUCGGUUGACAUUUCAUGCGUUAGCCCACCUACUGUACUAAAAUUGUUUUAGCCCCAACCAAGUGGGGCUGCAGAACCAAUCCUCGCCCAAAAGUGAAAUUUUCAGAAGAGGACUACAAGGACCAGCAAAACAGGUGAAUAGCCCCCCCCUCCCUACUGCCGGUCGAAGAUUCGAAACAGCUUUGUGAUCUUCGUCCUCAGGCUAUCCAAUUACGUUGCUACUACCUGCCUGUGCAAAUGAUCAUGCUGACUGCUGAUUGGAUCUAUUUAUUGUUCUUUUAAACGACAAAGGAGUAAUCAAAUUAGGAUAGCAUGUCCACAUAUCAGGGGCGGGACGACAAAUAGGGGAAAGUUGACACAACGCCUGUUUCAGUCCUUUCAUGACAUAUGCAGGCAACUGAACCACUGACGAUUACCUACUAAGAAAAGCAAUCAGGUUCACCUAUGACGGUUCGACCGUCGCUCCCACAGUGUACACACGUGCGCCGCUGAACACGCUGAUCUCGCGAUAAAUGGCUUUAUUCUGCACAAAAUAAGCAAAAAAAAGGUCUUGGGAAUUGCAGCAAAGUGGCAAGGUCGAAUCGCGCGUGCAUGCACCUGAUUGUAUCUACCGCUGCGUUUGCCGAGAUCUUGUCUGGGGGACGAGCGGACGCGGGGGUUCCCAAGGGCCGACAACACGAAGGUUCCCAGCCCACAGGUCAGGGAAGAAGGGCUGGGUUUGACAAAUCCUACCCAGGCAACAGGACGUGCAGGAAGCUCAGGAAGAAGUGCCGCAAGCGCUCUCACCAGGCAGGUGUCCGCGUGAGACUUCACCCAGCUGCAGCCAAUCGGUAAAGAGGAAAAUAUCGAUUGGUGUCCGGCGCUGGCGGUCGUCACAUACACGUACGCAAAGCCUGACAGGCGAAGGCGACACGAGUCGGCGGUGGCGGCGCCGACGACGACGACCGUUAAAGCAGGCGGCUACAGUAUCAAUCCGGGCAGACUGUAGAAGCAUGUGGUGACGGGUGGAGCUCAUCGACCCGCCCAAAUUGCAGAGGAUUUGUCUGGCCACGUACGUCACUCUGGGACUCCGACGUGUGGUUGCCUAUCUGUGCACGGUCGCCAAUUGAAAAGUGCUGGACUUUUAGUGUGAAAUGGAGCCCUCCCGCUCCUAUUGUAACAGACUUUCCUCCAACAGGAUGCCAGCGGUUCUCUUUGUCAUAUAUAAAAACGAAGCAUAACAUGACGAAACACCUCACGUGGCCAAAAAGCAUGAUUAAACUCGCGUCGUCCGGUGGGGUCUCCUAGCUCGGAUAGUUAGAGCGUUGUCUGUACUAAAGCCUUACCCUUACUGUCGUGGGUUCGAAUCCCACCGAGGCACUGCGUUUUUCACAGUUGGAUCAAGAUGAAUUAUUUGAAAUCUGCCAAAACACCUCUGAAAACGCAUGUUCUUUAGCGUAUCCUGGCACAGGAAGUGGGGACGGUGUGUUUCCCUUUGUCCGAUCCUGUGUUGCGUAGUCGACUAGUGCAUGAGAGAGGGAAGAGAGCGAGAGAAGCCGACACUGGGGAAUCCAUCCGGUAAAACGUGGUUAUACAGCCGCACCUGAUGAACACAAUAUUGUUAGGGUUUGGGGUUAGCGUCAGGGUUAGGGUUAAGGAUUAGGGCUAGGGUUUAGGGUUAUGGGUUAGGGUUAGGAGUUAGGGCAACUAUUUAUCAACCCCUCAAAUUACAACCGCGCAUUCCUGAUAGCUUUUGUGGUAGGAUCCCUGUUGGCAGUCGUACCCACUGAAACCACCAUUGUACCUACUGGUUCGAUUUCAGUAGGUGUGAUUACGUCCUCAUUAAUACAGAGAAGUGCUCGCCUUGAACGACUCCCCUUAUUUUCAUAUGCUUUCUAAGAAUCGCAGUUUGGUGUCUACGCUUGUAUAACUGUAUACGUAUAUUAAGUAAGCGUAAGAAAGUGAUAUACCGGUCAGACAUUGGAAAACAGGGCUACACGUAAGAAAUAACAAAUUAUAUUUCUCUCUUAUGCGGAAAUGCCUGCAGUUAUUUGGGCGUGUUAAACUAGGUAAAAAGUUUCUCGACGAAAAUUUUAACCCUGCCACACUGACUAAAACAAUAGCUGAAAAUUGUUACUUUAUACGUAAGUCCGCAUUUUUAUGAACUAAAUAGGGAUUUGCAUACAUACUAAGUGCAUCAGCUCUUAUGUAUUCGAAUCAGUAAAGUUGAUUGCUUAUACGAUGGGUCUUUCACCUCUUCUCAUAAUUGUAAAUACCUCUUUCCAGUUUCCUUUAAAAUUUUCUAGAAACCCAAAUUCUCGUCUCGUGCUAUUUGGGAGUAGAGCACGACUUCGGAUUGGCUGACUGUCUGCCAAUGAUAAGCGAAUUUGCCGGUGAACUUUUUGAGUAGGCGAGUGAGGCCGCAUUAUACUAAGUAGAAGAGUCUGAGCAUAUGAAGCUAGUUGAAAAAUUACCGACACAGACUCACCAUACUUUCCUCAAUUUUCGGUACCACUGCAAACCUGAGGGGGUUGCCGUCCCUCUUCCCUCUCCGGCAUGUUGGUCCAGGAGGAACACUGCACAUAAUGAGGACGUAAUCACACCUACUGAAAUCAAACCAGUAGGUAUAAUAGUGGUUUCAGUGGGUACAAUGGUGGUUUCAGUGGGUACGGCUAUCAAUAGGGAUCCUGCCGCUUUUGUUUUGCAUACAAUUACUUGACCCCGUCACCUGCGCGUUCCCCGGCCUCAUCUUUAAAAACCCCUAUCACCACCGGCGUCGUGUUAUAGGCGGCCGGGGUUUGUCUACCUUAGGUGCGGCCACAUAGCCAUAUCUGACCAUCCAUCCUUACAACAUGUCAACGCAUUCCUCAUUGUAAUAAAUCUGACGUGCCCGGUUCUAUCACGACACAUUAAGAUUCGUGGCUUGGGAGGUUGUAAACUGACGGGAUCAUGCGGCUCACGGGGCCAGUACUGUGUGCACAUGGGGGGACAGACUCGAGAAUCAAAAGUCAGGCUCAAUGGCUGUUUUUUAAGCUGGCAUUGAUGGCACAUUGCACUGAAAAGCACGCAACUCGCACGAGAGCAGAAGGCGUGUUUAUGAUGAAACCAGUACAUUGCCUGGUGAACAGGUCGUCUGUGGCAUAGGUAGAUGGGUUGUUCCAGCCCAGUCGAUCAUUAUGCCUAAUCCCUCCACCAGGUGGCUGACGGCUCAGGCAGUCGACUGACGCAUGGAAGAGAGGGAGAGUGGGGUCGACAUUGGAGGAUUUAUCUGAGCGGCAUGUCGGCGCAUUCCUCAUUAUCAAAAAUCUGAUGCACUUUCAUCUACGAUGCGUUGAUAGUCGUGAAGUGGGACUGGAAGUCCGGCUCCAAUGGUUUCUUGUCAAUGUGGUCUUUUUCAUAUUCUUAUAUCUGUGCGAUCCGAGCCGCCGUAGUGAAAUAUUGGUGCAUGUACUGAGAACCUGAUCGUGUGUGGCACACGUAGAUGGGCUGCGUGACCUUUUUGCUCACUGCUCCCGCACCCACCUUUGGUCGCCUUGACACUGUACUGUCGCCGAAGCAGUAUGAAUGACGGAUGAGAGGGUGCAGGAGGUGCCGCGCAAGUCCACCGCGCUGUAAAUUAACUUACGCGUAAGGUUCUAAUGCUGCGCCCAUUCUGUUAAGCACGCGAUGGGCACCUAAACGUCUGCUCUGCUAAAAGGCACAAGGCAAAGGUCCCUACCAUAGACAAGAGAUAGCUGUAUACCACACUUUGUCAAAUGUUUCAUUGGAAUUUUGAACUUUUUGUGUUUCAUACUUGGAAUAUACAGUGAUUAACCUAUCUCAUAAAAUGUUGGCUGAAAUUCUGAAAUGCGUUUUCGAUUAGGCAGGAUUACUUGGUCGCGGUUGUAAUACUGAUUAUCUUAAGGCAUACUCUUAUAAUAUUUUGGACUAGGCAGGAUGUUGGCUUUAAAAUGCACUUCUUUUUAAUCUCCUGUAGAAAGCGUCCUCGGUAAAAACUGACUACUUAUGUAGCAUGCGUUUUUCUUAUUGAUUUUCGAUAGGCUUGCGAAUUCACAUAUAUCUCAUAGAAACCAGAGACAAAUAUUUGCUUUCUUCCAGUCAAUUAAUAGAGAAUCACGUCUUUUUAAUAUAUUUUAUUCAAGGAAGGAGUAUAAUUGGGUUUUAAAAAAGUUUCCAACUAUGCGAUUUUUUUAAGACCGCGCAAUGUCCAUUCACGUAGCGUCGUACCUGGACGUUGACGACAGCUCCUCGUAAAAUGUACAACAUAGUCCGGAUCAAUUGCAAAAUUUUAGAAACUCUAUAUGGUAUCUUCCUAAAGGCAUAGAGGAUUAUAUGAUUUCCCUUACGUGGAAAGCAAGCACCUUGUAAACGGAAAUCGCUAAACGCUAAUGCAAUGGCAGAUCUGGUUCAAAAUUAUUCGGGAAUUGGAAAACUUUUUAAAACCUAAUUAUACUCCUUCCUUGAAUAAAAAAUGUAAAGAAGACGUGAUUCUCUAUAAAUUGACUGGAAACAAGCAUAGUUUUGUUUAUGGUUUCUAUAAGAUAUAUUUGAAUUUGCAAGACCAUCGAAAAUCAAUGGGAAAAAUCCAUGUUACUUAAGUAUUCACUUUUUACCGAGUACGGUUUCUACAGACGAUUAAAAAGCAGUGUGUUUAAAAGCUGACAUCCUGCCGAAUCCGAAAUAUUAUUGGAUUAUGGCGCAAGAUAAUCAGUAUUACAACCGCGUCCAAGUAAUCCUUCCUAAUCGAAAACAUAUUUCAGAAUUUCAGUCAACAUUUCAUGAGAUAGGUCACUCACUGUAAGGUUGCCAGUACGCUUAACUGGGUCUGCAAAGGAAAGUGAGUGGCUUCGUUUAGACCUCUAAAUCGCCUUUCAUCCCCUUUUGUUGUUAAGGUAGCGUGGCUGAAAGGAGCUGUUCACGUAGUGCUGCGGAGGGACUUUGUCCGAUUCAUGCUGCAGGAUCCUAAAGCCGUAGAAAUUCGUGAAACUCUUCGUCUCUCCGCCUAUCACAAGCACCCCGAUGAGCAGUUCUUUGCAACUCUGGCCUACAAUGCUCAUUUGGGCGCUCCCGGCGCAUGUCUGCGCAUUCACGAGGCGGACGAACCGAACUUUGAUGCGCGGCGUCACAGUGGCAUAGUUCGUUACAAAAUCUGGCAUCCCGGCUUCUGUCCUUCAAAGUACGCUCGCGAUAUCUGUAUCCUCGGCUCCCAGAGCCUGCCAGAACUGCUGACGGCGCCGCAACUCUUUGCCAACAAAUUCCACGAAGACUACUUUCCCGAGGGUUAUGACUGUCUGGAGUUUGAGAUUGCUCGUCGCUCUUAUGAGGGUCCCAGUAGCAGCUUUAAUCCGUCCCUAUAUUCCAGACUAUACUGCUCCGCGGAACACGUUUGA